AUGAGGUCCAAAACUUUUAGCGCCGAUAGUAACGCCAUCUUUACAUGCCUGCAGAAUGAUCCCCCAGACUGGGAUUUCUUGGACGCCCUUUUGUCGGAACUCUUGAUAUCACCGACACUGUCAGAGCAGGCGUCACUGUUCUGCCGUGAUUUAUGUGCCCAUUUGAAAGCAGCAAACGACAAACUGCUUGCGUCAGUGCUAGUGACCCCUCAGCAUGCCCAUCGUCUACUGAAUGUCUUCACAUCCAUUGCAAACAUCCAACAAAAAGUAGACGGCAACACAUCAUCUACUCUACAUCAUUAUGUUAACGCGAUUGAAGCGGGUAUCCGUCUUUCACCACCGCUGUCCUCCGGAACCACGUUUACAUUCCGAGACAUCAUUCUUGCCAGCUGGUUUGCAUCGUUUGCAUUUUCCACGCUACCGCCAUCGCCAGAACCGAAUAAUGUUUUGGGCGCAAUCCAAGAUUUUGCUAGCACCAAUCAUCUUCCACGUUUCGACGACACUAGCUUGGCACUGGUGCACGCAGUUCAUCAUGCCAGUGACGGCUUCAUUGAUGCCAUGCUGGAUCCCACUACCGGAACACUGCCCAAUGUCGUGCUAUUUCCAGAUCAGGCGCGGAUGCUGUCGGCUGUCGUUUUCGCUUCCCCGCAUACCGCUUCUGAUGUAUGGGCUGCGUUUCACUCUGGCCAAUCGACAUAUCAAGUCAAGACUGCAACUUCAUCUGCGUUACUCGCCCUUGCACGGCGCAUCCAGGAAGGCGCAUCGAUCUCCGACCUCGGUCUUGAUAUUCCGCACUGUUCCAACAAUGCGCUGGUCCUCCUGCUUCACUAUCUUGCGUUGUCAUUGUUUCCGAGUGCCUCUGCAUUCAAUGAUACUGGUGUCGUUCUAUGCAGCAUGAACGGCAAUGUGGCUGCAAGUGCGCCACAAGUUGCGUCUGGAAGAGAUAUCGCCCGCCUUUACUACGAGAAAGGAUUGCAAAUCGAUCCCACGCAUCCCCACCUACUUUCGAAUUUCGGCUCGCUGCUGAAAGAUGCGGGCCAUACUACCUAUGCAGUUGGGGUAUUCAACUACGCUUUGCAACUACACCCUGAAUUAGACAUUGCUCUGGUUAACAUGGCAAAUACUCUGAAAGAUAUGGGCUGUCCUGCAGAUGCAGUCCCUUAUUACCUGAAGGCUGUAACCAUAAAUCCAGGCCUUGUAGAAGCCUACUGUGGAUUGAGCAUGUCGAUGAAUGCUGUCUGCAAUUGGACAGCGCGAGACCAUUGGUUGACAAACGCAAUAGCAAUAUGCGAAGAGCACCUAUUGGAGCUUCAUCACCAGAACAUCGGCAUCCUCGGCGAGAAGAGUGUUGAUGACUGGCUUCUCACUGUAGCCUUGGCUACAUCAAGACAUCAAUGCGACCACAACUUAAGAAGAUGGGUUCACCGAUUUUGCCUUUUCACAGAUGUUUCUGAUGGGCGGCAACCUCUCAUCAACGAAGGGAGUUUCCUUAUGCGCCUUAUCGACUGGUACCGAACGAGGAUGCAACACCGACGUUACAUUGAAACUUACGGAGAAACACUCUAUGGGGAAGAGGUGCCACAUUCGCCGCUGAAAGCAGCUCCCGCUUCGAGGCCGUUUGGCUCUGUCCUUUCUUCAGCGCUCUUACAGAAGGUUCCAACUGUGCUCCCUUUUCAUACCUUCACGCUUCCAUUGCCCAGCCGCACCAUUCGACGCAUUGCACACAGAAAUGCCCUUCGUGUGUCACAUACUAUAAUGACCCAGAUAUCACCAGACAGAGUGCCACUCCCGCCGCCGCCUCCAUUGAAACGGCGUAUUAACGUCGGUUAUGUGUCCAGCGACUUUAGUGAUCAUCCCUUAAGCCAUCUGAUGAAAUCAGUUUUCCGGCUACACGACCGGGACCGGUUCUGCAUUUUCUUGUAUGCGACGAGCCCAUCAGAUGGGUCAGUCUUCCGACUGCAUUUUGAGCAGGGCGACUUCAACUUUCUCGAUGUUUCUUCGUGGUCAAAUGUAGACAUCGUCAACCGGAUCGAGGAGGAUCAUAUACAUAUCCUUGUCGACUUGGGCGGUUAUACCAGAGGAGCGAGGAACGAAAUUUUCGCUGCAAGACCAAGUCCCGUCCAGGUCUCGUUAAUGGGUUAUGCUGGAACCCUGGCAGCCAGCUGGUGUGACUAUCUUGUCUGUGAUACCAUCACAUGUCCUGUCGACCUAUUUGCACGGGUUCAAGCAUAUCGGAAACGAAGCCUGAAUCGUUGCUGCCAGAACAGUGAUUCUGGCGUUUCAGUAGGAGAGGAGGGUGAUCCAGAAUCAUCCUUUCCCGAUUGGAUCUACACUGAGUGUCCGAUAUACAUGCCACAUACAUACUUUGCCACCGACCACAGACAGUCUUAUCGAGAUGACGAAAAAAAAUUGGUCGGGGAGCGUGCUCAGACGCCAGCGAAAAAACUCUGGAAUGAUGAAAUCAAAUGUAGGACGGACCUAAGACGAGCCCUGUUUCCUAAUUUACCCUUAGAUGUCGUCAUUUUCGCCAAUUUUAAUCAAUUGUACAAGAUCGAUCCCGACAUAUUUGCAACUUGGCUUCGUAUUCUAGCGCGGGUUCCACGUAGCAUUCUUUGGUUACUGCGGUUUCCUACUGCUGGAGAAUUCCACCUGAUCCAAACCGCCAAGGAGUGGGCAGGUACCGAGAUAGCAUCACGCAUCAGGUUCACAGAUGUUACUGCAAAAGACCAUCACAUCUACCGAUGCCGAGUUCCUGAUCUUUUUCUUGACACGUCAGAAUGUAGCGCGCACACUGUUGCAGCCGACGUUCUCUGGUCCGGCACGCCGUUGAUCGCUUGCGCCUGGCCGAGCCACCGCCACAAGAUGUCUUCUAGGGUUGCUGCGAGCUUGGCCAAUGCUACAGGGUUUGGCGAGUACAUGGUGGUAUCCAGUAGGGAGGAAUAUGAAGAACGCGCGGUUGCCCUAGGAAACGGCAUGCGUUACAUUGUGCAACCCAAUGGCAAUGUGGAAGCAAGCGGGGACCUGCUUGACCUGCGACGGUGUCUUUUCCUGAACAGAGAUACCAUGCCCUUGUUCGAUACGGAGCGAUGGACGAGGAACUUGGAGAAGGGAUAUAGGAUGGCUUGGAGGCGGUGGGUGGAUGGUUCAAUGUUUGAUAUGAGUGACGAUGGUUGUAUCUGGGUCAAGGACGAUAUCAAUAUUCCCAUUCGCAUGGACUGA